CAAUUUCAACAUCGGGUCACAUGACCAGCACCUCCCUGCUAAGGAUGGGGGGAUAGAUUUCCACGUCAGCUUACGUCUCCAAAUUUCUACUUCACGGAUCCGCUUCAAAGAGGCAGCUGCAGUGGAGAAAUCAUGUUAAGCUCGGCUACUGCGGAGAGCCCAAGGUAGCCCAAUGAUGGAUUUUGAUGAGCGUGGUCCCUGCUCCUCUAACAUGUAUUUGCCAAGUUGUACUUACUACGUCUCGGGUCCAGAUUUCUCCAGCCUCCCUUCUUUUCUGCCCCAGACCCCGUCUUCGCGCCCAAUGACAUACUCCUACUCCUCCAACCUGCCCCAGGUCCAACCCGUGCGCGAAGUGACCUUCAGAGAGUACGCCAUUGAGCCCGCCACUAAGUGGCACCCCCGCGGCAAUCUGGCCCACUGCUACUCCGCGGACGAGCUCGUGCACAGAGACUGCCUGCAGGCGCCCAGCGCGGCCGGCGUGCCCGGCGACGUGCUGGCCAAGAGCUCGGCCAACGUCUACCACCACCCCACCCCCGCCGUCUCGUCCAAUUUCUAUAGCACCGUGGGCCGGAACGGCGUGCUGCCCCAGGCUUUCGACCAGUUUUUCGAGACGGCCUACGGCACCCCGGAAAACCUCGCUUCCUCCGACUACCCCGGGGACAAGAGCGUGGAGAAAGGGCCCCCGGCGGCCACGGCGACCUCCGCGGCGGCGGCGGCCUCGGCCACGGGCGCGCCGGCAACUUCAAGUUCGGACGGCGGCGGCGGCGGCUGCCGGGAGGCGGCGGCGGAGGACAAGGAGCGGCGGCGGCGGCCCGAGAGCAGCAGCAGCCCCGAGUCGUCUUCCGGCCACACUGAGGACAAGGCCGGCGGCUCCAGUGGCCAACGCGCGCGCAAAAAGCGCUGCCCCUACAGCAAGUUCCAAAUUCGAGAGCUGGAGCGAGAGUUCUUCUUCAGCGUGUACAUCAACAAGGAAAAGCGCCUGCAGCUGUCCCGCAUGCUCAACCUCACCGAUCGCCAGGUCAAAAUUUGGUUUCAGAACAGAAGAAUGAAGGAAAAAAAAAUUAACAGAGACCGUUUACAGUACUACUCAGCGAAUCCACUCCUCUAAGGCUCCAGCCUGCUGGAAUCGGGUGGGGGAUUCGUACACGUGAAACGAUAUGCAGAUUUUGCCCUUGACAAGGUCAAGCCAGGCGGUGACUUGAAGAAAGGAGCUAUAGGAAAGAGGAGAGGCUACGUGGAGGUAGCCCCAACAGGAAGGGGCCUGGGACGCUUGGUUAAGAUCCCAACGGUUAAGAUUCCUAUUGAUAAUUGGAUUCCGAGAGUUGUGUGCAUCCACUAGAAUGAAUGGUUUGGGACUCCUGGUGGUUCACUCUUGGAGCCUGCAAGAACUUUAGGUUGGGUGUGGUCCCCACUUGGGACUGGGCCCCCUGGAGGCCACCCCCCCCAAAGACCCUCCACAGAGAGUCUGCCCACCCCCAGGACUCCUAAGUCAAGAAGUUGUGUGGGUUCUCCAAGGCCAGUUCAGUUUAGGGACAGGGGCAGGAGGGGGAGGGUUCCUAGAUGCCCAGAAUUGAGGUUGCUUUCCAAAGGCCAUGUGAAAGACAGCUGAACUAAGAGGUGGCUGUGAGGUGUGAGAUGGCUAGGGACCCCGGAAGAAAGAGAGAGCUACUCAGAGGACUUCAGUGUCUUUCCACCCCUCCUAGCUACUACCACACUAUUCCUAGGCCUUAGCUUCUCGUGUCCCCUAUGCAGCCUAUGUGGAUGUUCUUCCUCCCAAAGGGCAUCUUCAUUCUAACCCGCCAAAGACUGAUGGCAGAGAUGACUGUACCCUGAGAUAGAAGACAUUGAAAUACCUAGAGGCUGCUCCCAGGCCGCCGCCCCCUCAAUCUCUGUAAGAAAUGCCUACGGAGUGCAGGAUUUGGGCAAAGUUGCCACCACAUUUAAUGAAGCUUGGAUUUGCUCUGUAUCAGGCAGCAAAGAAAGCAUUGUGUCUGCCCAGGGGGUCUUUGGCUAUGCCUAGAGGGGCUAAAGUCCCCCUCCAAGUCCCCUCUUCCUACGCUGAACUCUGACCUCAUUGGCUAAGAAGCUUGGAAGCUUGGAAGCUUCCGGUGACCUUCUAAGAGCCAGAGAGUGAUUUGGAAUUAUUUUAAAAGAUAAAUAUUAUAUUAUAUAUAUAUAUAUUUCCCUGAAGGAACCAAAGCGAAUUUUAAGAUGCAAUGUAGGGGGAGGGAAAUGAUGGAAGUAUUUAAAGGCUCUAUCUGUUUACAGUGUUCCACGGCUAAACUCGCUCACUGCUAAGAAUGAUUGAAUGUAUGCUUCAUACAGGGAUGGUGUUGAAAAGACUUGUAAAUAAAGGAACCAUAACCAAAUUUGUUUCAAUAAUUUUGGGGGGGCCAUCAGCUUAUUUCUUUGGAGGUGCUGGAGGGGGUGGGAAGGGUGUUGAAGAUGGUUCUUCUUGUCUCCUGCAAUAUUGAAAAGCAUUAAGGGAGGGGCACUUGAAGCACCAGGACCUGGGGCCUCCACUGGGGGAGCCACACACCCUCCUUUGAAUGUCUUCUGCCUCUCUAUGUUAAGAAAUGUCUGUGGCUCUUUUUGCAAUGUGUGUGUUGGCCUGGCCUCAGUCACCAUGUAUGUAUGUAUGUAUGUACUAUAUGGCUUGUAACGUACACACAGACAACAGGGCACAAGGAAAAUAAAGAGGGUGGAAACUUGA